AUGUUCCGCGGUGCUCGAAGCAUCUAUCGGUGGAUGACAGUCGGCAAACUCGACAGGAAUCGCUUGUUCAUCGGAGGGACGGCUCUACUUGGAACGAUUGCCUCUACAGCCACUCUUCGACCCGAUCUACCGAUAUUCCGAGAAGCAAAAGCACUCUUGAUGCAAGACGACAAUGAGAAUUCAAGGCUAAAGGUGCACACUGAUCACAAGUUGACACAACGUGAGAUACGUUUCCUCCGCUUUGCUUCUAUCGAGUAUGAUGAUGUUAUCUACAUGAGUCCCAUGGAUUUCAUCGAUUCGUUGACGCUAGAUCAUCCAAGGGAACGUGUCUACCGUCGCGUAAUGAAGCCUGACGAUUUGACAAGGCUAUUGAAGAAGACACCACCAUUUCGAAAAGGAAACAAGACACUAUUCCGGUCAUUGGAUCAAGGAGGAAUCAUUUCCUAUUCGGAAUACAUCUUUUUGCUUACAUUGCUGACAAAGUCACGAGCGGCUUUCAAAAUCGCGUUUAUGAUGUUUGACGAGGAUGACAGUGGAUAUGUCGAUCGGGACGAAUUCUUGAUGAUCAGAAGUCUUACAUCAUCAUUGAGAUCGAUUCGCUUUCAAUCGAUGCACAAGGAUGAGUCUUGUCAACUCGAGCCAUCCGACUUCAGCUUCGUGGUAAAUCGACUGAGCUCGAAGCUUUUCGCCGGCACUGAUGCUUAUAAUAUUGAAUUUAAGAAAUCAGAUGCCGAGGUGAAACGCCAAGAUACGACCCUUCUACUACAUCUGUUUGGCAUCAGCGGCGGCUCGAAGCUGUCUUACGAACAAUUUCAAACGUUCUGCGCCAAUCUUCAAGAAGAGCUGAUGGAAAUCGAAUUCCACGAGUUCUCACGUGGUCGGAAUAUCAUCUCGCCAAUCGAUUUUGCACGUCUUAUUCUUCGGUAUACAAUCGUUCACGAGAAUGACUAUUCGAAGUAUAUAAGUCGAGUGCAGGAACGAUUGACCACAGAAGAUGGUAUAUCAAUGGAACAAUGGCGAAAGUUUUCCUAUUUCCUCAAUAGUCUCGAAGAUUUUGCGACGGCUGUGAGAUUAUAUACAAAUGCUGAUAUGCCUGUAUCGAAGAAAGAGUUUUCAAGAGCUGUUAGAAGUACGACUGGACAGGAGCUCGAUCAAAAUAUCGUCGAUAUGCUCUUCAAAAUUUUCGACGCCAAUCUGGAUGGUCAUCUCACUUAUGGAGAAUUCCUGUCGGUGAUGAACGAUAGAUUGCAUCGAGGAUUAAAGGGCCGUCUCGACAAGAAAUGGGAUUGGAAGCAGUUUAAGAGCUGCGUGAUGACUGAGGUCUCAAGAGGA